UUUCCCGGGAACUCCACGUCACGUGACUCACCCGGCGCCUCGUGUGCAACUCUUCUCUCCGAAUCAAAAUGGCGGCGCCGCAUGGCGUAAAACUGAAGGAUUUAAAGUGUGGUUUUACGGACAACACAUCAGCACAAGCGCACCAGGACGCUCAGUUUGAAUUUGGAAAACAUGACGUUCCCGUCUUUGAUCUGGAUGUUGGAAAGAUCUCAGACGCUCUCAGUCUCCAUGGAAGCCUGGAUCCUUCAAUUUUAUCCAUCUUUCAGGAAAAGAUUGCGACUGAAAGUGUGGAAAGUGAGGCGUCGCUUCUGUCAGCGCUGAGCGAGAUUUUGGACAGCGUAGACGUCGAGACGUUAUCACCGUUUGACGUGCUUCCUGACGCAGAGAUUUUUUCAGCUCGGAAGGAUCCAAACCACACACUCAGGGAUCUUCUGCAUUCAGAUCGAGCAGCAGCGCUUCAGUGCCCCAAAAUCUCACAAUCACCAGCUUCAAAGUCAGGAAAAGAGGUGGUGAUAUCGGACAGACAGUUGAGACCCCGUCGCCAUUUGGAAACCCAGAGUAAGAUCUCACAGCGAGCCGACGAUGAGAAGAACCCGAGAGAGAGCAAGAGGAGCGCGAGAAGCUUUCGCAUCGAAUCCGACACGAUAUUCCCACAAGACGAGCGGGAAUUCCUCGCAGAUUUAGUGAGACACAUGCAUCCGUACUGCAUCAGGACCAAUCCGGAGGAAGAGGUCCAUGUGUCUGUGGAGGAAGAGGAAGAGGAGGAGUUUGUAGAUGUUGAAGGUUACGAGGAACCGGAAGAGAACCAAUCAGGACAAGGACUAGAUCCAAAAGCAGAAAGCGGCUCAUCUCUGAUACCCAAAUCUGAAGAGGAUCGGGAUGAAGAUGUGUGUAGAAACAGCGGAAAUAUCUCGUCUUUAGACGAACGUGUUUUGAUGACGACUCCUCAGCGAAGAAGCGCUUUACUCAAAACCAGGGGGAAAAACAGGAAAACGGUGACAUUUGCAGUCAAUUUAACCUUCGUUCACGAGAUUCCUCCUGACGAUGAUUCCGACUCGGAAUCCACAUCCUCUAAAAGUGACAUCACUUCCCCUCAGAAGCCCAAAGCACUCAGUCUGCAACAGUACCGUCUCCUCAGACAGAACAAACAACCUCGUGAAGAGACACGAAUGGACUAUCGGACGAAAUGGCCUUCGCUUCCCGACUUUCCCAGGGAGCUUCCGGCUAUUCUGCCGGAUUUGUUUAGAAUCGGCCCGAAGUUGAAUGUAAACACACAUUGUUGUGCGAUAGAUAAAGCUCCAACUGUUGAGGUGAAGAUAUCGGCAUCCCAGCCACGAGUAAUCACACGUUCCUCGCGUGUAAAGCUCAGAACGCCCGCAGAUCUUUGCACUGAUCCUCCAAACCCGGUUCUAGUGCGCCUGAAGCCCACACUAUCAUCGGGGAUGAACACGCAGCCGGCGCGAACACACUCCCAAACUGACGUCUGUGUUUCUUGUGAAGAGGUUCGACUCGCCGAGGUCGUGCCUGUGAUCAUUAAAGCUACAGAUUCACCAACGCGAGCCGGAUCAGAACCGUCAGCUCCGUCGGACUCGGUACUGAUGCCCACGAGCGUCGCAGAGAACCCCGAAGGACAGCAGAACCAGAGCCCGUGUGGAGAAAUCGGAAUUGAAGCCACUGAUCUGACCAGCCUUUUGGAGCAGUUCGAGACUCAAGCUUCUGAAGGGCCGAAUCUUCCAGACGUUUCCCGGGAUGAGCAUCAGGAUCGCCGGCCGAUGGAUCUCAGUAGCACUGCAGGACUAACUCCACCCGCCACUCCUCCACAUCAGACCUGGAAGCCCCUGGUGCCCGUCAAAGCCACGAAGUCCAGCAAAACCAUUCAGAUUAUCGAACCUCGCCCAUUGCCGCCCAGCAAAACUCAUUCAAAACUUCCCACCUUCACUCCUGUGUCGAAUCCCGCUCAACUUUUCCUGGAUCACGAUUACUGUGGGAUUCAGGGAAGCAAGACGUCGUUCGACUCGGUUUCGAACCCUUGCGAUUACAGGGUGUUGUUGUCACCUGACAGCUCGCCCUGCAGGAUAAACACGUUUGAGGAGGCGGAGUCUCUGAGGGGGCGGGGCUUGCGUUUCUCCUCCCCCUCUCCGAGCCCAUUGGACCGUGGGAGGAGGAAGAGGCGGGGUUACGAUGGAGGAUACCGACGCUCCAGCUCAAGGUCAUCGUGCUCUUCUUGUUCUUCAUCGUCAUCAUCGUCGUCGUCAUCUCCUUCCAGGUCUCGUUCACCGCCCAGAAAAAGGUACAGGUCAAGGCAUUCUGGAAGCAGUUCCUCCUCGCGCUCCAGUUCACGCUCGUCGUCUUCUUCUUCUUCUCCUCCUCGCGAGCGCCGAUCCAGAUCCAGAUCCAGAUCUUUAUGUGGCUCUCGAUCCGGUUCACACUCGCCGGAGCCGGACUGGAGUGAGUCUCGCUGCACAUGGAAGAGUCGCAGACAGAAGGAGCUGAACCGGCUUCGGGAAGAGGCUCGCAAACUCCGCCAGCAGAAAGCCAUCGAGGAGCGUAGGGUUGUGUAUGUGGGAGGAAUCCGCGGAAACAUGUCGCCUUCCGACCUCAAAGAUCGAUUCUCGCUGUUCGGGAAGGUCGAGGACUGUACAAUCCACAUCAGGAGUCACAGAGAUAACUACGGCUUCGUCACGUAUUACAGCAGAGACGCCGCUUACGCUGCCAUCGAGAACGGGGGUAAACUGAGGCGCUCAGACGAGCUUCCCUUCGACCUUUGCUUCGGCGGCAGACGCCAGUUCUGUAAAUCCAACUAUGCAGAUUUAGAUUCUAACCGGGACGUCGAUGGCUCGUCGAGGAGCCGAUGCGAGUCGUUCGACUUCGACGCGCUUCUGAAACAGGCUCAGAGACAGAAGAGGUAGCGGCAAAGACUCGACGUUCCCUCAGAGCACUGAAACAAACCAGUUUACCUGCGAACCAGCUUAAAUCGCCAAUUUAAUUGCUGGUUUACAGUUCAAGACAUGUUUUGGACACUUUCGUUCUGGUUUUGGCUGGUCACUCAUCAUGACUCAACAAGUUGGUUUACUUGCAAUAAAACUAGCUUGUUCCAGUAACUGUUCAAACUGGUUUAAAGGAGUAUUCUGGGUUUAGCACAAGUUAAGCUCUAUUAAAGGGUUAGUUCACCCAAAGAUGUAAACUCUGUCAGUAAUUACUCUCCUUCGUGUUGUUCAACCCCGUA